GAUGUACAGUCUGUGCAACUACUCAAUAACAGAUUCAAUAUGUUUUCUGAGGCUUCAGGUUUGAAGGCAAAUUUAGCUAAGAGUCAAGUCUACUCUGGAGGGGUUAAUGAACAUGUUAAAAGCAACAUCCUGCAUCUACUUGGAUAUGAUAGAUGUGAGCUUCCCUUUAAGUAUUUAGGACUUCUAUUAUCCACCAAAAGACUCACUGUUCUGCAAUGCAAACCUCUUGUGACAAAGAUUACUGCCAAAAUCAAUACAUGGAUGCAUGGCCAAAAGCUUGUCAUAUGCAGGAAGAUUACAGCUCAUUAGAGCUGUGUUAUUUGGAGUGCAAGCUUAUUGGUCUCAACUGUUUCUAAUGCCUAAGAAAGUAAUCAAGUUGAUAGAGGCUACUUGUAGAAGUUAUCUGUGGACUGGGGAAUCUACAAUAACAAAAAAAGCUAUGGUGGCAUGGGAGAAAAUUUGUCUUCCAAAAGGAGCUGGAGGCUUGAACAUUCCAAAUCUACAACUAUGGAACCGAGCUGCAAUUUGUAAGUUGCUUUGGGAUUUAAGCAUGCACAAAGAGAAAUUAUGGAUUACUUGGGUUCACACGUACUACAUAAAGAGGCAAGAUAUAACGACUAUGGAUAUACCCCAACAAUCCUCAUGGAUGACUAGGAAGAUAUUGACUAUGAGAAAAUACUGGAUUACACUGGGAUACAUCAACAAGAUAGUUCAUAAUAAUAAAUUCUAUAUUGCUAAGGCCUACAAAAUGCUUAGAGGUGAAGUAGUAAAUGUGGCCUGGAGCAAAAUGAUAAGUAAGAAUAUUGCAGAGCCUAAACAUGUUUUUAUCUUAUGGCUUAAUUUUCAUGGGAGGUUAAGGACCAAAGAUAUUUUGAUCAGCUGGAAUAUGAAUGUAGAUCCUAUGUGUGUGUGAAUCCAAAGAACAACUAUUCUUUGAUUGCAACUUUACAUCUGGUAUAUGGAGAGAUGUAAUGAAAUGGCAGAAGUAGCAAAGAAAUCCUCAAAACUGGACCGCUGAAUGGACAUUGAUUGAAGGUCAAGCUAAGGGUAAGCAGCCACGGGGAAUCAUCUUGAAGGCUAGCUUUACUACUGUGAUAUACAAUAUUUAGAUAGAGAGGAAUGUUAGAAUUCUUUCAACAUAGAUCUACCACAAACGAGGCUAUUCUUCAUCAGAUCAAACUUGCUCUCUGUACUAAAGUAAGAUCUAAUGUUAGGCUAUUUAGUUAUAUUAGCUCUUUAUAGAAUCACUUCGGCCUUAUGGUUUUUUGUAAGUUGAGUCUUUUUGUCCAAGUCUGAGAAGGGAAAUGUAGGAGUACUUUCCCUUGGUCUUGUAAAUAU